AUGGAAUUGGGGCAUGAGCAUGGAUACUUUGUGAUAGAUCUAAUGUCGAAGCAGUCUGGCUCAUCGCGAGGGUGCGAUCAAACUCACGGCCAUCUCAUUUCCACUUCAUCAUCUACCUUGCACUGUAUCUGCUUUCUUGAAUUCGAAACUCUACCCGCUUCGAUGAAGUCUUUGAAGGAUACACACAUUGUUUUCUCCCGGUGGUUUGCUGCCAUCCAGAAUGGCGACUGGAACGCUGCGGAGACUUUUCUGGCCAGCGACGUCAUGGUCAAUGGCAAGAGCUUGACGCGCCAUGCCUGCAUCCAAAAACUUCAAGACGACAAGUUUGACACGGCGCAGCUCGACAUGUGUAUAGUCGACGACGAGAGCGCCGAAAUUGCGGCGCGCUUCCUGUUUCCUCGCCCGCCGGACCAGACCGAGGCGUGGACGGCGCAGACGCUCUUCACCAUCGUCCACGACAAGCUUUCUACAAUCCACUCUUUGGCUGGCAGGAACUACUCUGCAGCUCCUCUGUCCAAAACGGAACCGAUGGGAAAGAAAGCAGCUCCGGCGCAGGGACUGAAUACCUCUGACCUGCGCGCGUUCUACACAGACUACAUCGAUUCGAUCAACACGCACACCAUGCGCGGCCAUUUCGAUGCCGCCUGCCAAGACAUGGUCACGCACAACCACGUCGACUACACCCGAGACGAGUAUCGAGAAAUGAUCGAGUCGAGCUUCGACGACAUUUCCGGCCUGCGCUUCACCAUUGAGCGCCUGGUGGUCAACGAGGAGGCGCAGCAGGUCGCCGCACGCCUGGGCUUCACCGGCGUGCCGAUUAGGGAGUUUCGCGGAAUCGCUGCGACGGGAAACGCGGUGCGGUUCAGGGAGCAUGCGUUUUAUCAGCUCGAGCGAGGACAGAUUAGACAGGUCUGGUCGCUCCUGGAUCUGGCGGCCUACAGAGCGUCGAUGGCAUCGUAA